AUGUCGCAAGAAAAGAAAGUCGCAGGUAAAAACGUUUUGAUAACUGGAGGAGCCUCGGGAUUAGGAGCAGCGUAUGCUGAGGCGUUUUUAAACUUUGGAGCUGAGAAUAUUGCCAUACUGGAUAUUGACGAAAAAGGAGGAAAAGACUUCGCAGUAAAACUAAAUGAAAGAUACAAAAAUAAAGCAAGUUUUUUUAUAUGUGACAUAAGCAAAGAAGAAGAAAUAAAAGACAGCUUCAAACAAGUGUUAAGUGCAUUCAAAAGAAUAGAUGUUAUAAUCAACAAUGCAGGGAUCCUGGAUGAUUCAAUAAAUGCAUGGAGGACAGCAUGUGAUAUCAAUUGGCAAGGUGUGGUCUCUUUUACGAGGAAAGGCAUAGACCACAUGCGUAAAGACGAUGGCGGUAAAGGCGGCACCAUUAUAAAUGUUUCUUCUACCACGGCAUUAAUAAAACUGAAUAUUGUACCAGUGUACAGUGGAUGCAAGUCUGCGGUAUUACAUUUCGAUAGAUGUAUUUCGACCCCUAACUUCUACAAUAGUACGGGAGUUCGCAUACUGACAAUGUGUUUAGGACCGACUACAACAACAAUGGUGAACGACAUAGGGAAAAAGGUUAUAGACAAAAAAUACACAAACUUCAAGACGGCUAUGAAUACACAUUUUUAUCAAAGCGUCGAAUCUGCAGUAAAUGCUUUUCUAAAGAUGUUUGACGAAGGAAAUCCGGGUUCUGUGUGGAUGUCGGAUUACAACCAACCGGGACGCGACAUCACAUCAAUUUUGGACGAAGCCAACAAGCUUUUAGUAAAGAAGUUAUUCCCUCAUGAUAUUACAUUAUUGUAACUGUUUGUUGAAAUAAGUAAUACGUAGAUAACUAAA